GGACACCAGUUCUUUGUCUCAGUCUUUUCAUUCAUCAAGAAAUUUUUCCGACCUUUUCAAUGCUCGUGUGUACGAAUUUAUUACGUCAUUCUGUUUAUCAUUCAAAGUGAUAACGUAAAAUUAACCAGCAGCACACUGGUGGUAAAAAUUCGCAUCAAUAAAUUGUGAUUCUGAUCUUUAUCAAAACACAAAACACAAUUUCAAGGAUUUUUAUUCUGAUGAAUGUCACCAUUGAAAAUUUCUAAUUUAUUAGAAUAUUUGCAAUUAAUUUUUUAAAGCCAUUUUUGUCUACCUUAUCAGUAUGACAACUAUAAAAGUUCAUGGGGGUAUUGAUAUCUUACGCUUGCCAGUUAACCAGGAGGAACAUAUAUUCCCUCCUUGGCAGAUAAAGUACACUCAAUCACAUAUAUUGCAUUCCAAGUGUUCUAAACAUGAAGAAGCUUGUCCUCCUGACGUUGAUCCCUGUCAGUUUUGCGAAUACAACAAUGCACUGGAGAUGCCUCACAUGCCGGACAUGGUAUUUCCCAACAAUAUUUUAACUUUGAAGCAUGAAAGAAAAGCAGAGUUUAAUUUCAAUGCUCUCGAUGCAUUAAAACGCGUGGCCAAUGGCAAAAUUAAUUUGAAAUUGGCUUGUGCUGAAGCUUGGCAAGAAUCGAGGUCAGAUUGCAAAGAAUAUCUGCAGGAAAAAGUAAAACCAUUUGAUUGGACUUUUACUACUGAUUACAUGGGCACGAGCUCUGGUUUCCAAGUUAUGGAAACUGAUGAACGUAUUGAUAUGGAAAAGCUCAAGAGAAAAGAUAAAAUUUUAUUUUAUCAUGAUCUUACACUCUUUGAAGACGAACUUCAUGAUAAUGGAAUAGCUUCAUUGUCUGUUAAAAUCCGAGUAAUGCCAGGAAGUUUAUUUAUUUUACUCCGAUAUUUUCUAAGAAUUGAUAACGUAAUGUUGAGGAUCAAUGACACUAGAAUAUAUCAUGAGUUUCAUAAAGAUUAUUUGCUACGAGAAUUUACUACCAGAGAAUCGCAAGUACAAGAUUUGAAGGUUCCACAUGCAUUGUUCGUCGAUCCAAGUCAAAUAGCUCCUUUCUUACCUCUCACAAAUAGUUUAUAUCAUAAACUUUUACUGCCACUUAAAGCUGAUACUGUAACCCCUAAAUCAAGUUUGUCUAAAUCAUUAAAUACAUCAAACGAAUCAGAAUCUAAAAAUUCAGAGGCAUCAGUAAGCAAUUCUGUCACAUAAAUAAAGUAUUCAAAAUUUUAACUUAUAUUUAAAAACAAAUUAAUUUCAUUGAAAAAAAAAAAAAAUUAUCUUUAAGAGCUUUGUA